GGACGCAGAGGUAUCUCCACCAUGUCUGGCAGCUGCUGUUCUAGAAAAUGUCCCUCCCUGCCAGCCAUGUCUCUCUGCUCCACUGAGGUGAGCUGUGGAGGGCCCAUCUGCUUGCCCAGUUCCUGCCAGAGCCAGACGUGGCAGCUGGUGACUUGUGACGAUAGCUGUGGGUCAUCUAGCUGCAGCUCACAAUGCUGUCAGCCUUCUUGCUCCGAGAACAAUUGCUGCCAACCAAUGUGCUGCGAGGCCACCAUUUGUGAGCCUUCCUGCUCUGUGAGCAGCUGCGUUCAACCCGUGUGCCUAGAGGCCACCAUUUGUGAGCCUUCCUGCUCCGUGAGCAGCUGUGUCCAACCUGUGUGCUGCGAGGCCACUGUUUGUGAGCCUUCUUGCUCUGACAACAGCUGCUGCCAACCCGUGUGCUGUGAGACAGCUCCCUGCCAAGCAGUGCUCUGCGUGCCCGCUUCCUGCCAGCCCAUCCUCUGCGGCCCCACCUGCUGCCAGCCAGUCAUCUGUGAGCCCAGCUGCUGUUCAGAGGUAUGCACCGUGCCUAGCUCCUGCCAACCUGUGGUCUGUGAGCCCACGUGCUGUCAGCCAGUGUGUCCCACGCCUAGCUGCUGUCCAUCUGUCUGCUCUGCCACCAGUAGUUGCCAGCCUGUCUGCUGUGACUCCAGUCCCUGUGAGCCACCUUGCUCAGAGCCCCAAGUUUGCCAUCCAGCCAUACAGGUGGCUCUGGUCUGUGAGCCUGUCUGCCUCCAGUCUGUCUGCUGUGUUCCAAAUCCUUGUGAACCACCGUGUGUUUCCAGCACUUGCCAAGAGUCCUCAUGCGGUGUCUCCAGUAUCUGCCAACCUGUGUGCUCUGAGUCCAGCCCCUGCUCACCAUGUGUCUGUGUGCCCCGCCCAUGCCAGCCUCCUUGCUACAUGGUCAAGCGCUGUCGUUCUGUCUGCUGUGAGCCUGUGUCUUGCCCAUCCACCUCCUGCCAACCUCUCUGUUGCCGACCGGGGUCUUCUGCAUCUGCCAUCCGCCAGCCAGUGUGUCCUCCUAGAACCUUCUACAUACCCAGUUCCUGCAAACAGCCUUGCAGUGCUUCGGUAUCCUACCGUCCGAUUUGCCGCUCAAUCUACCGUCCCAUCUGCUCGGGACCCAUCACUUUGAGGCAACCGUACGUGACAUCCAUCUCCUACCGUCCUUCAUGCUAUCGCCCGUAUUACUCCAUCCUGCGCCGCCCCACCUGCUACACGUCCUACUCCUACCGCCCGGUCUGCUCCCGCCAGCCUUUCUCUGACCGUGACUCCUGUAAACCUGAGUGCAAAAAGUCCACGUCCAGCCAACCCGAUUGCGAUUGCGCUGACUCAACCCCCUGCAAGCCGGAAGUCUCCGAGGAGAGCCCCAGCCAACUCUCUGAGGCCAAACCCACCAGCUCACCCACCCGUGAGGCUGCAGCCCCUCCGCCUGCUGCCGGCAAGCCUGCCGACCGCUAGACUGGCCCGAGCCCACCAAUUCUUGCAAAGCAAGCCACAAGCUGAAGAGAAAACCUGACGGCCUUCUGCAAAGUGCAUUAUGACUUAGCCAGAAUCUUUACUCUCUACAUCGUCUGCUUAUGCUUCUAAGAACUCCCCAGAAAUGUCAGUGGUCUAAUGAUCCAAAUAAAGGCCUGCUGGUCACUGUGAGGAGGAUCUUCUGGAUUCUAGACUUCUCCUGCCCCAUUCAGUUGAGAAGAGCUGUUUUGCCACAUCACCAGACUUUUUCCUGACACCAAAUGUUUUCUGUCCAUAUGUAUGGGCUCCCAUGUGGUGUGUACUCAUGUUCCUUGGGGACAUCUGCAAUGAGCUAUAUUUAACUGUCCAAUAAAUGUGGCUAAGCUGAA